CCUCCUCCUCCUCCUCCUCCUCCCCCUUUUGUCUCGGUAUUCGUCGCGCUCCUCCAUCUGAACCCCUCCGCUAGGACCCUCGAUCUUGGAACCUUGAUCCUCGUCUCUAUUUGGUCCCAGCCUCAGGUUCCAGGCCGUGGUGGCCGUGCUCAUGGUGGCCUCUGCGGGCGCGAUGUGGUGCGUGCUCGACCUGGUGAGCGCGUUCUGCGACGAGGAGCAGCAGCGCCGCCGCCGCGACACCAGCAAGGCGAGGAGCGGCCUCGCGGUGCUCUCGUGGUCGCUGGGCGACGCGCCGCGCGACGCGCACUCCCAGAAAUACGCGCCCGAGGUGGGCAAGGCCGCUUCCAGCCUGUCCCGGCUGCGCCUGCGGAAACCGGCCGCGUCCAUCGGCUACGCGGCGGUGUGCCUCGGCGCGCUCGCGCUGGCGGCGGGCACCCUCGGGCGCGAGGGCUCCGCGCUGCGCGCCGGCGGCCUCUACCUCGCGGGCGCCGCCCUGGCCGCGGAGGCCUUGGCGACGGUGCUGCUCACCUGCUCGGUGUACGGCUACGAGCCGUCGGAGACCACCACCUCGCGGUGGCGCGCCGUGGUCACCGCCGCGUUCACAGCGGGCGCGCUCGUGUGGGCCACGCUCCUGCGCCAGGCGCUCCGCAGCGGCGUCGGCGCAUCCACACCCAUGGCGGCCCCAACCGCGGCGCUGGCGCUGCUGCACCUUGUGUGGCCGCUGACGUGGCUCACGGAGGCCCCGGUGGCACUCAACUUCUGGGUCCAGUGGUACCGCGUUCAGGCGGCCUGAGUGCGCCGCAUCUCCGCGACGCGGGGGGCAGGGACCACCGGCUGCUGCUGUGCCGAAGGGCCUGUUUCAGGCAGCCUCCCAAUGGGCCGACGGCCUGGGGAGCUGCCGGGCGGGGCGGGGGGCAUGGAUCGGCGAUUUCAGUAUGGCAGGGCUGCGGUGCCGGAACUUCCACGUACAGCUUGCCGCACGAGGCUAUACAUCGCUUCGUGUGCGAGCGAACGGUUCACGUCGCGUGAGUGCUGUCGCGGCGUGGGAUGAGG